CCACCCUCCCCACCCUCAGUAUCCUGAACCGCUGAAUAGCCAGAACCUUAGCCAGAGUCCAGGAGACCCCUGUAUAGAAGCUAAGAGACCUUCCUCUGCUGACCUGAGAAUACACCGUCUCCACUCCAGCUCAAUUCUCUGUCCUGCUGUCACUGACAAUGAACCAGAAGACCACUCUGGUGCUCCUCGCUCUGGCUGUCAUCACAAUUUUUGCCUUGGUGUGUGUCCUGCUAGCUGGCAGGGGAGGAGAUGGGGGUGAACCCGGCCAGCCUCCCCGCUGCCCCUCUGUCUCCCCCAGUGCCCAGCCCCAGACACCCCCCAGCCAGAGCCAGCUGUUUGCAGACCUGAGCCCAGAGGAGCUGACGGCUGUGAUGAGCUUCCUGACCCAGCAGCUGGGGCCGGGCCUGGUGGACGCAGCCCAGGCCCGCCCCUCGGACAACUGCGUCUUCUCGGUGGAGCUGCAGCUGCCCCCCAAGGCUGCUGCCCUGGCCCACCUGGACAGGGGGAGUCCCCCGCCCGCCCGGGAGGCACUGGCCAUCGUCUUCUUUGGCGGACAAGCCCAGCCCAACGUGAGUGAGCUGGUGGUGGGGCCGCUGCCGCACCCCUCCUACCUGCGGGAUGUGACGGUGGAGCGUCAUGGGGGCCCCUUGCCCUAUCACCGACGCCCCAUACUGAUGCGAGAGUACCAGGACAUAGACCAGCUGAUCUUCGACAGAGAGCUGCCCCAGGCUGCUGGUCUCCUCCACCACUGCUGCUUCUAUAAACGCCAAGGACGGAACCUGGUGGCAAUGAACGCGGCCCCCCAAGGUUUGCAGUCAGGGGACCGGGCCACCUGGUUUGGCCUCUACUACAACAUCUCAGGGGCUGGGUUUUUCCUGCACCCCGUGGGGUUGGAGCUGCUGGUAGACCACAGGGCUCUGGAGCCUGCCCACUGGACCAUCCAGAAGGUGUUCUUUCAAGGCCGCUACUAUGAGAGUUUGGCUCAGCUGGAAGACCAGUUUGAGGCCGGCCUGGUGAAUGUGGUGCUGAUCCCAGACAACGGCACAGGUGGGUCCUGGUCCUUGAAGUCCCAGGUGCCUCGGGGUCCGAGUCCUCCUCUGCAGUUCCACCCCCAGGGCCCCCGCUUCAGUGUCCAGGGGAGUCAAGUGGCCUCCUCAUUGUGGACUUUCUCCUUUGGCCUUGGAGCUUUCAGUGGCCCAAGGAUCUUUGACAUCCGCUUCCGGGGAGAACGACUAGCUUAUGAGAUCAGUCUCCAGGAGGCCUUGGCCAUCUAUGGUGGAAAUUCCCCCGCAGCAUUGCUCACCCGCUAUAUCGAUGGCAACUUUGGCAUGGGCAAGUACUCCACUCCCCUGACCCGGGGGGUGGACUGCCCCUACCUGGCCACCUACGUGGACUGGCACUUCCUUCUGGAGUCCCAAGCCCCUAAGACAAUGCGUGAUGCCAUUUGUGUGUUUGAACAGAACCAGGGCCUCCCCCUGAGACGACACCACUCAAAUUUCUACUCCCACUAUUUUGGGGGCCUUGCAGAGACAGUGCUGGUCUUCAGAUCUGUGUCGACCUUGCUCAAUUAUGACUAUCUGUGGGAUAUGGUCUUCCAUUCCAGCGGGGCCAUAGAGGUCCGAUUCCAUGCCACCGGCUACAUCAGCUCAGCAUUUCUCUUUGGUGCUGCCCGAAGGUACGGGAACCAGGUUGGGGAGCACACGCUGGGCACCGUCCACACCCACAGCGCCCACUUCAAGGUGGAUCUGGAUAUAGCAGGACUGGAGAACUGGGUCUGGGCUGAGGACACGUCCUAUGUCCCCACGGCGGUACCCUGGAGCCCCGAGCACCAGAUGCAGAGGCUGCAGGUGACCCGGAAGCUGCUGGAGACUGAGGAGCAGGCCGCCUUCCCCCUGGGAGGCACCCCACCCCGCUACGUGUACCUGGCCAGCAACCACAGCAACAAGUGGGGUCACCCGCGGGGCUACCGCAUCCAGAUGCUCAGCUUUGCUGGGGAGCCGCUGCCCCAGAACAGCUCCAUGGAGAGAGCCUUCAGCUGGGGAAGGUACCAGCUGGCAGUGACUCGGCGGAAGGAGGAGGAACCCAGCAGCACCAGCGUCUACAAUCAGAACGACCCUUGGGCCCCCACUGUGGAUUUCACCGACUUCAUCAACAAUGAGACCAUUGCUGGAGAGGACUUGGUGGCCUGGGUGACAGCUGGUUUCCUGCACAUCCCACAUGCAGAAGACAUUCCCAACACGGUGACUGUGGGGAACGGUGUGGGCUUCUUCCUCCGACCCUACAACUUCUUUGACCAGGACCCUUCCUUCGAUUCUCCUGAUUCCGUCUAUUUCCGGGGGGACCAGGAUGCUGGGGCCUGCGAGGUCAAUCCCAUGGCCUGCCUCCCCCAGGCUGCUGCCUGUGCCCCAGACCUCCCUGCCUUCUCCCACGGGGGCUUCUCUCACAGCUAGGGGGGUCCCUGGGAUGGGGAAUGUGGCCAGGGGCUCCAGGGCCAGGGUGUGUGGGGAGGGGAACAGUGGGCACUGGGCCAGGCAGCCUGGUACCCUCUUUUCUCCCAAGGCCCCUCUGUAUCGCCCUCCCUGACACCCCCUCCCUGCUGGGAGCAUCCUGAGCCUGUGAUGCCUGACCCUGGGGGAGGGGCAGAGACACAACUCAGCUUUGUUGGCCCCAGACCUGCUGGGUUCCUGUCCCAGAGAGAGUGGCCAGCUGAAGCCUGGACUGAUGGCCAAGCUUUUUCCAGAAGACUCCUGUUUUUUGUGGGUUUGUUUUUGUUUUUGUUUUUUAUUUCUGGCUUUCCCAAAUCUUUUUCAUCCAUCUCCAGGUUUCUCCUGAGCCUCCUCAGUCCCUCACUUGGGAGGUGAGGGUGGCGUUUCUGCCCUGGGGAUAGUCCCCUAGAAGCCCCAGGGCAGGGUUCCUGCCAGGCCUACAUAUCCACGGAUGAGCUAGAAAGGGUUCCUUAGCCCAUGUUCCUCUUAUACAAGGCCUCCUUCUCUCCCUCCUUCUCCCUUUUGCCUACUGUUUCUUCUUCAUUUCCCACCUGUUCUUAUAUCCUGAGAUUUCCCUCCCAGCCCUGAGAAGAUGUUCCUCUGUCCCAAUGCUCCCCUAGCCUUGAUUUUUCAACUUAGGUCUCCUCCCCUGGCUCUAUGCCUGUGGAAGUCUCAAAAUGCAAGGGGCAUCUAGUUUGAGAGGACAAUCCCUGUCUGUCCCCUGUGUCUGUCACAAACCGGACUAGGAGUUGUCCCCACCCCUGUCCUGGGGCAAGCUAUAAUUUCCCCGAGAAAGUUCCCUCCGCCCCUUUGUAUUCACCUGCCUCGAAGUCUCUGGCGGAGGAUGGUCACACAGACAGCAGCCGCUCAAGUUAGCAUUUGAGGUGGAUUUGUGGGUACAGUGGCAAUGAGGAGCGGUCAUUUUUGCCAGCGGUGUAUGUGACCAGUGACCUCUACCCCACAGCAACAGACAUGGAAAGCUGGUGGGCACCAAUGGUGAGAAGCAGUGAGACCCAAGAAUUCCAGCAACCUAGAGGUGUCCAACACAGGUGGCCAUGCAAAUGAGCUGGGAGGGGCUGGGGGUGGCUCCUACCAUGCUGUCCUUCAAGGGGGUCUGGGCGAGGGAUGGGUAUACCAAUAGUGAGAGAUUGGAAACAACAGAAACAUCCUUUCCUAGAGGAUUGGUUAACUUAAUUCUUGUACCGCCUUACUAUGCAGCUAUAAAAAGAAUUCUCUCUCUUUGUAUACUAAUAUGGAAUGAUCUUCCAAUGCGAACAGCAAGGUGUAUGUAGUGCCCCUCCCCUCUGGGUUGUAGAAGGGAGGAAACUAUAAGUACAUAUUCACGUGGGGGUGCCUGGGUGGCUCAGGUGGUUAAGCGUCCCACUCUUGAUUUCAGCUCAGGUCAUGAUCUCACAGUUUGUGAGCUCAAGUCCCACAUUGGGACUGUCAGUGCAGAGCUUCCUUGGACUCUCUCUCUCCCUCCCUCUCUCUCUCUCUCUGCCCUUCCCCCACUCUCUCUCUCUCUCUCUGUCUCUCUCUCUCAAAAUAAAUAAGCUUUAAAAAAAUAAAUAAAUACAUAUUCACUUGUAUAUGCAUAUUCACAAGAGACUAGUGAUACUUUUGGGGAGGGGAACCGGGAGGUGGGGACGGGGCAGGGAGGAGACUUAGCACACUAUAUACCCUUUUGUAUAUUUUGAAUUUUGAGCCAUGUGACUGUAUUACCUAUUCAAAAUUAAUAAAAAAUGGACCCAACCAGGA